AUGCGCCUUUCUGCUUAUAGUCUUCUCCUUACAGCAUUUGCUGGAAUCGUCUGGAGUGCUCCCACCGAUGGUGGUGAGAAUGAGCUCAUGAAACGCCAAUGUGUUGGUAGUGCAAAUGCAGCGCAGCCAGCCACUGCUAUUGUGAAUGUAAUUGCCACUAUGGAUAAGGGGCGGGGAUACCCGGAAGCCGGCACUCGGAAUGUGCUUGGAGGGCAGAGGGACGACAGAGCUACGUCCGAAGUUAUGCUCAGAGUAACUAGUAGUAGGGUGGGAAUGGGAAGGCUGGCGAUGUCAACUUCGUUCGUUCCAAAUGGAGAAAUUCGUAUCGGUUAA